AUGUCUGACAAACCGAUCUUCGUGGCUGUUCACCCUCGAGCAUGCUCUACGGCGUUCGAGCGCGUGUUUAUGACUCAGCACGAUACUAUCACAUGUUUCCAUGAACCAUUUGGCGACGCUUUCUACUACGGUCCAGAGAGACUUUCUGCUAGAUAUGCAGAUGAACAGGUACGGUUUAGAAGCGGAUUCAACGAGUCUACCUACGGCUCAGUCCUGGAAGGCAUCAAGCACGAAGCUUCAAAGGGAAAGCGAGUCUUCAUCAAAGACAUCGAUUACUACCUAUUUGCGCCCGACCAGAAGCCGACUAGUAUCGCACCAUCCUUACAAAAUGUCUUCAAUGGCCAUAUCGGAGACGCAGCAACCAAUGGCAAUGGAGAAAAGAAACAGAGCAAAUACCCAAUCUUGGCCGAGUCUGGCAAUCCCACGGUGAUGCCGCAUGAGAUUCAGGAACAGUUCCAUUUCGCAUUUCUCAUUCGCGAUCCGCAUUAUAGCGUGCCGUCCUACUACCGGUGUUGUAUACCACCUCUACACGAUAUCACAAAGUUCUACUACGAUCCUCUUGAGUCCGGUUAUGGCGAGCUCCGACGUCAUUUCGAUUAUCUGAGGUAUACCGGUUUGGUCGGGCCGCGGAUAGCAAUGCGGCCCGACUUGAACGGCCCAGAUGCCGAAGGAGACUUGACAAUCCAUGAGAUAUGCGUUGUCGACGCGGAUGACAUGUUGGAAGCACCGGCAGCGACCAUCGAGGCAUUUUGUAAGAGCGUAGGCUUACAGUAUGAUCCAGGAAUGUUGCAGUGGGACAGAGAAGUCGACCAUGAGGUGGCGAGGGGCAAGUUUGAAAAAUGGCGCGGCUUCCAUGAUGAUGCACUCGAAUCCAAGGGUCUCACAGCGAGGACUUGUAAACGCGCUCCGAAAUCCGAGGAGGAAUUUGAUUCAGAUUGGCGAGCGAAGUAUGGCGAAGAGGCAGCCGCUCUGAUUCGCAAAACGGUUGACCAGAAUAUGUCUGACUAUCUGUAUCUGAAGCAAUUCGCUAUGCGUGUCUAG